AUCCAGUCCUGGGCUUCAUUUAGCCUUGAACAACAAGCAAGAAAGCACAUCUGAAGUGGACUUAACUUGAAGGAAUGCUAGAUUACAAAGAGAUUACAUGCAACCCUGUGUGGAUUUAAUCAUUGGAAAUGACAGCUAUGCUUAACAACUCCCUCUCCUUAACAACAGAGGGGACAAACUUCUCAUCUGUCAACGGAUCCCUGAACGGGACGCCGGAAGUGCCAUCAUGCCCCUUUGUCUCAUUCUCAGAUUACCAGCCUGAGCUCAUCCCAGCGAUAUACAGCAUCAUAUUUAUUCUGGGGUUUGUUGGAAACAGUGUGGUUGUGGCAGUGCUGUGUCUACAAAUGGGAUGUAAAACAGUGGCCAGCACUUAUAUUCUGAACUUAGCCAUCUCUGACCUCCUCUUCCUGACCAGCCUCCCGCUGUGGGCCGUUUACUACGCCUUUGGCUACAACUGGAUUUUUGGGGCUGUAAUGUGCAAGAUUUGCGGCUCCUUGCUGUGCAUCAAUUUAUACGCCAGCAUAUUUUUCAUCACCUGCAUGAGCGUGGACAGGUACCUGGCCAUCGUCUACCCUUUCCAGUCUCAGAGGAGCAGGAGUCUUUGCCAGGCUCAAUCGGUUACCUUCCUGAUGUGGACGUUGGCUUGCCUCUCCACUCUACCCACCAUGUGUUUCAGAAACACGUACAACAUCCCGGAACUCGGGGUCACAGCAUGCAUUAUGGAUUUCCCGAACCCCCGCGAAAGUUGGUUUGUGGCCAUGGCUCUAAUGAAGAACAUACUGGGCUUCCUGAUCCCGUUCACAGUGAUUGCCAGCUGUUACAUCGGCAUUGGGAAGCACUUACUGGGGGCAACAGGACUGGACAAAAACACCCAACAUCGAGACAGAGCCUUGAGGAUGGUUGUGGCUGUGAUGAUGGCAUUUUUCUUCUGUUGGUGUCCCUUCCACAUUAUCACCUUCCUGGAUGUCCUAACCAGACUGAACUUGAUCCAGAGCUGUGGGGUGAAAGCAAUGAUCGACACUGCAGUGCCUUUUACGCUCUGCAUUGCCUUUGCCAACAGCACCAUUAACCCUUUCCUGUACUGCUUUGUAGGCAAUCAUUUCAGGGAACAGCUUAGCCGUCUGUCAGAGAGAAGGCUCCCUCACAUCUUCAGUAAGAGGGGCUCGACCAGCACAAGGCUCAGCUCCUUCUCCAGGAAGCUCAGUGAUGUGAAGGAGCUGGGAGUGCUGGACAAGUUUGUCCAGACAAAGGGACCGUAACAGAAGGUUCCUCCAGUCUUCAACCAUGCUGGUCAGUAAAUGAAGAGUGCAUCUCUGUACUAUGUUCUGCACCCCAGUCAGAACUGAUUGGUGUUAAUGUGCAGCUAACACUAGUAACAAUCCCUUACUAAUUGUUACUACACCUUUUGUUGUUGAGCAAUCCCUAUACAACAGAUGGGUUCCAGUUUUUAUUUAUUAAUAAAUAAUGAGAUAUUA